CAACGGUCACGUGACAUACAUCGAUCUAGGAAUCGAGGUGGAAGCGACCGAGAUUCUGGGCGAAGAUAAAAACACAGAAAGCAUGGCUUUGACACCAAUAAGCACGGUCAACAACCCCCCAAUUCCUUACACAGGGAGUAUUCCGGGAGGCCUCACUCCAGGAAAACAGAUCUUUAUUCAGGGAGUUCUUCCCAUGACGCAGGACAAUUUUGUGGUUAACCUCCAGUGUAGUCCACAGGGUUAUCCACAAGUCGAGGUUGCACUCCACUUCAAUCCCCGCUUUAAUCAGGGUUUAGUAGUUCGUAACAGCCACCAGAAGGGGUCAUGGAAGAAAGAAGAAACAUACGGUAACUUUCCAUUCCACCCAGGACAGCCAUUUGAACUAAUCAUUGCUGUAGAGACCAGCCAGUAUAAGAUCGCUGUCAAUGGCCAACAUUUUACUGAGUUCCAACACAGGAUUCCGGUUCACCUGGUAAACACCAUCAACAUUGCUGGAGGGGUGUCCAUCUUCUGUGUCAGGUUUGACGCUCCAGGUCCGGUCAUGCCUGCCUGUCAACCACAGAAUUUUGGUUAUGGACAGCCCCAGAUGAUGCCAUCUGGUGGGUACCAGUGUCCCCCACAACCCGUCAUAGGGUUUCAGCAAAACUACACAGAGGUGGUCAACCCAUCAGUACCAUACGUGGGCGAUAUUCCUGGAGGAUUAGCAGCAGGCAAAUCCAUCACAAUCCAAGGUUCACUUCCGCUCUCACAGGAAAAAUUUGCCAUCAAUCUACAAUGUGGCAGACAGCCAUACCCACAGCUAGAUGUGGCUCUACAUUUUAACCCACGCUUCAAUGAAGGUUGCGUAGUGCGCAACAGUCAUCAGGGUGGCUCAUGGAAGAACGAAGAGAGGUAUGGGGCCUUUCCAUUCCAUCCUGGACAAAAUUUUGAAGUGAAAAUUGUGGUGGAGCUGAACCAGUAUCAGAUUUUUGUGAAUGGUCAACUCUUCGUAGGAUUUCAGCACAGGAUUCCCUUCCACAGAGUCAACACACUCAGUAUUUCGGGAGGGUUGAAUGUCCUAAGAGUCCGGAUCAGUAAUCCGGACAUGGCUACCGGGUCAUCUGUAGAUGAAUCCCUAGCAUCAAUUUAUCAGCCUUCUAGUGCAACUCCAAGUUAUGGAACAGGAGUGGCAUACCCACCGUCCAAUACAACUGUCCUACAGAACCAGCCCAUCAUUUACAACCCUUCUGUGCCUUUCCUUUCUGGAAUCCCAGGCGGUGCUGUUCCUGGAAAGAUGAUCUAUAUCAUGGGUAAUCUGGCUUCGAUGCCAAGCAGGUUUAAUGUCAAUCUCCAAGAAGGAACUCUGGAAAACUGUGAUGUUGCUUUCCAUAUGGACGUGAGAUUUCGUUUUGGAAGAGAUGUGAAUGUCGUUGUGCGGAAUCACAAGUCCCGAGGGACCUGGGGAUCGGAGGAAAGAAGCAUUCCAUUCUUUCCCUUCAGUGUUCAAUCUUCAUUUGACUUGAUCAUUCUUGUAGAACCAGCCUGUUUUAAGGUUGCUAUCAACAAUGCACACUUUCUGGAGUUCAAGCACCGUCUUCACCCUCCGGCACGCUACAGUACCCUGAAGAUCGAUGGCGAUCUGACACUGACACAAGUCAGGUUCCAGUGAGGAAUGGCGAUCUGACACUGACACAAGUCAUGUUCCAGUGAGGAAUGGAUCUAAAUUCCAACAUCUCCAUUUCAGCUAUGCUGAAUAACUCUUCUUUUUUCUGACAUUUUAAGUUUUUUAAUUUACCAAAUUUGCAGGAAGUUUUACAUUUAGAACAUUUCCUGAGGUUAUCAACACACAAGCCAGUGUAUUUUUUUUUAAAUGUUUCAUACAUCUGUAUCAAAGAAUCCUUGCCAAAAUAAUUGAAUAUUCCAGUAGUCUCAAUUUUAGUUCAUAUUUUUAGUUUCUUUAGUCCAUUUAGUCCAUUUAGAAAAAUUCAUAUACAAAUUUUAUUGUGGACUUAUAUGAUCUGUUAAGAAAUAUUUACAAUUUAAGCUGAGGUAACAGAAGGGCGUGUGAGCUUACAUGUGUAUGCCAUGAUGCAUCAUUCAUCCAUCGUCUGUCGUUCAUCACCUGUUGUCUGUCGUCCUCCCAGCUUCUUCUGACAAACAAAAAGUCCUAGAAUGAAGAUAUUUGGCUGGAAGGUUCAUAGGGUGAAACCUGACAUUGAUGAGGUUGAUGCAGGCCCAUUGAGCAUCUUGUCUUGUUUAAGAAUUUGAAUAUCAAAUUUCACUUCAUAUCAAAGUAUAGGAAUUCUAUGUCAACACCCAAGAAAGAAAAUCAAAAUCAAAGCUGCUUGUUUUUUUUUUUAAAUAAUGAUAAUAAAAAAAAUGCUGUUUGAAUCAUUCCCCUUAAAAUUGCACAAAACAUAUUGUAUAUACCAGGGUAGCAUGUGUUAUCUAUGUACACUUCUGUGUUUUUUUUAAUGUAAUGAAUUCAGAAAAUCUGAUUUGUUCUUGCCCAGAACCAUGUUAUAUUACAUUGUCAGGAGUUCCUGAGUUUUGGAGUUAUGUGCCAUUAUAUUAGCCUGGAAGCCUGGACUCACUGGCGGCCAUGAAUAUUUAUAAUGAUGGAUCAUACCAUAUUAUUUUCAUUCUGCUGUUGUUUUCAGUUCCUGGGCUGGUAAGGUGAUCAAUCGUGCCAUAUUAUUUUAAAUGUCCUCAGAAUCCUACAUGUCAUGUGUAACUUUGAGGGACGAGACCUGUGUUGCCGUGAUUAAUUCAGCCUCUGUCACCAUGUUGAGUAGUUGGCUUAAGUAAGCCAUGUUUUUAUUUGUGUAUAAGUCAUUUUUCAGGUUUCAGGAUGGGGAGAUAUAAUGGACUCAGGCCGUCCACUCUUCUGUGAUGGAAGUUUCUCCACAGUAAAGAUGUGUGAUGCUUACUGUGUAUGAUCUGUACCUUAUAUACAUUACAAGUACAGAGUAAAGUAUACCUAUAUAUAGCUAUGUAUAUGAUUUUCUUGGCACUGAUGCCCCAUUCUUAUGCCUGUUCAGGUCUUAUAAUAGAAUAAUAGUACAUGUACUGUAUUCAUUUAGCAUUCAGCUUUUUUAAGUUGCUUACAUAUAUAUAAGAAUAAAAAAUAAAGUUUGUAUCAGAUGUAGUGAAUAUGUAUAUUGUAUACUGGUAUUCUUAUUACUAAAAAUGAUUUCUGUGUUUGUUUUGAUCUGUAGUUAGAUGAUGGGGAAGGGUUUUGAUGUGUCGUUUUGAUUACUAAUCUGAUGUGUUUUAUUUCUUGUGUAAUUUGUUGAUAACUUUUCUACUUAAAAACAUAAAUUGUAUUAACAAUCAAUUCCAAUAAUUUGUACUGAUGUCUUCCAUGCCCCAAGUUUUGGAGCCAAUUUGGCUGACAGUAAUUGAUAGGUGAUUUGCUGUACAAAUAGAAAUUUCUAUGAUCACUGUUUAAUAGUCUUCAGUCCUCCUUCAACGAAUAUGUUGGGGUGGUAGAUCAUUAUUUGUUUCCCCUGAUAUUUGUGAUAUUUGUAUUAUUUCCAAUCUUAAUCAAUAAUUACUCUGACCAUUUAUAGGUAUAGAACUUUUAUGGUUGUGCUUAUUUUUGAUAUGUUAUACUAAAAAGUAAACACAAAGACAGAAGGUCUCGAUAGAGAGAUGGCUGUAACGGACAUGUGACCUAGAUAGAGAGAUAGCUGUAACAGAAAAUCGGACAAGUGACCUUGAUAAAGAGAUAGCUGUAAUAGACAAUUGGACAAGUGACCUUGAUAAAAGAUUUUGAUAGACUAGUGACCUUGAUAUAAAAGUGACAUUCAUAGAGAGCAGACCUUCACAGACAAUAAAAGUGACCUAAAUAGACAAAGUGACCUUAAUAGUCAAAGUGACCGUGAUAGACAAAUUGACCUUAAUAGACAAGUGACUUUGAUAGAGAAGUGACCUUGAUAGAGAGGUGACUUUGAUAGAGAAGUGACCUUGAUAGAGAGGUGACCUUGAUGGAGAAGUGACCUUGAUAGAGAGGUGACCUUGAUGGAGAAGUGACCUUGAUAGAGAGGUGACCUUGAUUGAGAAGUGACCUUGAUAGAGAAGUGACCUUGAUAGAGAGGUGACCUUGAUAUAAAAAUGACCUUUAUAGAUUAAGUGACCUUACUAGCAUUCUAUUCUAUUAUAGAGAUAGAAACCAACAUGGACUUGUAUUGUUGAAUUAAGUCAUUGUAAUAUUAAGUAAGUUCACUAGAUAGACUUGUUGGUAUAUAUGUGGGUCUGAUUUACAAUAUACAACAUUAAAGCUGCUACAUAAUGUAAAUGUCUGAGGAUGAUAAAGUACCAGUCGAGAUUCAUAGCUUUAACGAUAUAUAAUAAAAUAUAAGUGCAAUACGACAUGUAGGUAUGUAGUGUUGUCUACUGGAAGCAUUUAAAUAUACACUUAGAUAUAAACUUGAUAUGAAGAUAUAAAUAAGUAUCAAGUUUUGUGCAUGAGGCACAUGUUUUGAUAAAUCAUAUACAUAUCUGUAUCCCCAAUUAUGAUAUCUGAAGAGCAACCAGUGUAUAGUGUUAAAAUUUUAAGAAUUUAAGAUGUGGAUACAUUUGCACCCAAAAUGUGUCAUUGUUAAGGAAAUAUAUUUCUCUCAUCUGUUGAGGGUCUUUAGUAAUGAAAUGUACUUAAUUGUUCAGAAUCUAGAUGAGGAUGGGGGAGUUGGACUUAAUUGUUCAGAAUCUAGAUGAGGAUGAAGGAGUUGGUACGAUAAGAUUGUACAGUUGUUAUAGGGAUACAAUCAAUAAUCACUUAUAAUAAAUUGGUAAAGAUUAUUAGCUUCUGUGUUUGAGGAUAAAUUUGUAAAGAUUAUUAGCUUCUGUGAUUGAGGAUAAAUUGGUAAAGAUUAUUAGCUUUUGUGUUUGAGGAUAAAUUUGUAAAGAUUAUUAGCUUCUGUGUUUGAGGAUAAAUUUGUAAAGAUUAUUAGCUUCUGUGUUUGAGGAUAAAUUUGUAAAGAUUAUUAGCUUCUGUGUUUGAGGAUAAGUUUGUUCAGAUUAUUAGCUUCUGUGUUUGAGGAUAAGUUUGUUCAGAUUAUUAGCUUCUGUGAUUGAGGAUAAAUUGGUAAAGAUUAUUAGCUUCUGUGUUUGAGGAUAAAUUUGUAAAGAAUAUUAGCUUCUGUGUUUGAAGAAACACUUCUUCCUGCAGUUUGAAUCAAUAUAUAAAUGUAUAUACAUGUUUGGAACAACAAAAUUUCGACAACAAUGAAGUAUGAUUUCAGACAAUUUGUGUGUGUGUAUCACACGAAUCUCAUAUAGUCUAUAUCAAUAUAUGGAGAGCUUGAAACUGGACAGGUUUAAUCAGACUUGUGAUAUAACUAUUGUGGUGUCCAUUGGAAACUGGAUAUAUUUUUAGUAUUUAAUGUACAUGAACAUUAUAAUCAGUUGAUUCUUUAUAAUCAAAUAAAAUUUGAUUUAGUUCAUUGUUAA